AUGAGCAGAGCGGCGAGGCUGCCGAGUGAGGCAGAAGGGCAGGCCUCGGAGACAGAGGAGGAUGACAUGGCAGAAGGCGAUCUAGGGUAUGGCCUCGGAAGAAGGCCUGGCGGCAUUUGUGAAGUGCAAGUUUCACAUUUAUUUAAAUCUAGAAAAAGAUCAGAUGGAAAGAAUUUUAGUCCUCCCCUGUUUUCAAGAAAUGGGGACAAAAGAAACAGCGCCGUUUUUCAGUAUUCCAGGCAGAAGAGCUUUCAAGAUCCAUACCUGGAAGGGCCCCAAAUUCCCUAUCACAAGCGACAAAGUCUCACCGAUUCUAAUUCAGAGUUGUCAAAUGUGGAAUUAAGGCAACGUCUUCGUGAAACUUUAGAGGAGGUAGAAAUUUUGAAAACUGAACUUGAGGCAUCUCAAAGACAACUUGAAGGUAAAGAGGAAGCAUUGAAAAUUCUUCAAAGCAUGGCAAUAUUUGGCAAAGCCACAAGUCAUACCCAGGCAGUGCUUCAAAAAACUGUGGAACAAAAGAGAUCCUUGGAGAAGGAAAUAAAUGCCUUGCAGUGGGAAAUAGAAUUUGAUCAGAAUAGAUUUAAAAAUAGAGAGGAAUCUUGGAUCCAAAAAUAUGACAGGCUAAACUGUGAAAAUGCAGUCCUCAAAGAAACUUUGAAACUAAAAACAGAAGAAAUUAAAAUGCUCAAGUCUGAAAAUGCAAUUUUGAAUCAACAGUAUUUGGAGGCGCUUGGCAUGCUUGAUAUCAAACAGCAGAAGGUGGCUCAGGAAGACACCUGCCAGGAUAGAAGUGGCUUUACAGAGGUUUCAGGUCUUGAGCUUGCAGCGCCGGGAGCCUGCCUCUGUCACCGUCCCAGAGGGAACUCCGGUGCUUGUGCCAGAAUGGCCGUGUCCACUCGGAAAGCGCUCCUGCAGCUCAAACAGGAGCUGGAACUUCUGCAGAAGAGUAAAGAAGAAGCCUACAUAAUGGCAGAUGCAUUCAGAAUUGCAUUUGAGCAACAAUUAAUGAGGAAAAAUGACCAGGCACUAAGAUUGACACAGAUGGAUAAAAUGUGUAAGAAAGCAACAAAAUGGCUAAGUUGGAAGCACCUUAAAGAAGAUGGGUCACUAUCACGAGGGAGUAAGAAGACCUUAGGGCAGAAAUUGUUGGGUAUGCUCCCUUCAGAAAACAGUUCGAAGAGUACCAAUGACCACGAUGAUCCUCAGGAAAUCUUUAAGAUGCUAAUAGACUUGCUGAAUGAUAAAGAAGAAGCAUUGGCUCAUCAACGGAAAGUUAGUUACAUGCUUGCUCGGGCUUUGGAAGACAAAGACACCACUUCAAAAGAGAUUAAAGAAAGAAAUUCUAUGAAAGGCAAUUUUAUAUUAAAAAACCCCUGGCAGAAAAUUUUAGAAUUCCCUGUUUCAUGUGAUCCUGUACAGUCAAGUGUCCAAAUUUUUAAUUCUGUGGGCUGCAUUUGUUCAAAUCAGCACUUUCAAACAGAUCAAAAGUACGCAAGAACUCUUAAAAGGUCCCGUUCUUUGCCAUCAAAUACCAUGUACUGA